CAUUCACUUCAUCGUAGCUGCUCCCAAGUAUCGAGAAGAUGACGAAGAACUACCCGACCGUCAGUGAGGAGUACAAGAAGGCUGUUGAGAAGGCCAGGAAGAAGCUCAGAGGCUUAGUCGCCUCCGAGAACUGCGCUCCGCUCAUGCUCCGUCUGGCGUGGCAUUCAGCUGCUACAUUCGAUGUGAAGACGACCAACAAUGGCCCUAAUAAGGCCGUAAGGCUUCUGGAACCCCUCAAGGAGCAGUUCCCCAUACUCUCCUACGCUGACCUCUACCAGCUUGCUGGUGUCGUCGCUGUUGAGGUUACUGGUGGACCGGUGGUCCCUUUCCAUCCCGGUAGGGAGGACAAGCCCCAGCCACCUCCUGAGGGUCGUCUUCCUGAUGCCACCAAGGGCACUGACCAUUUGAGCCAGGUCUUCAAUGUGCAAAUGGGGUUUAGUGACCAGGAUAUUAUUGUUCUCUCGGGUGGCCACACCCUGGGAAGCUACCGGAAGGAGAGGUCUGGCUUUGACGGACCAUGGACUACCAACCCUCUCAUCUUUGACAACUCUUACUUCAAGGAACUCUUGACUGGAGAGAAAGAAGGCCUUCUACAGUUUCCAUCUGACAAGCCUCUUCCAGAUAAUCCUGUUUUCCGAACUUUGGUUGAGAUAUAUGCUGAGGAUGAGGAUGCCUUCUUUGCUGAUUAUGCUGAAGCUCACUUGAAGCUCUCUGAGCUAGGGUUUGCUGAUGCAUAAACUGUUUGAAGCAGAAAGGGGUGAUGCCAGCUACCUUUUGCUCUUAUUAUCUCCGUUUUGUAAUUUGUGGCAGCCCACAGGCCACAGUUGUUGGUUAAUGAGAUGAGAUAUGUGGAGAUUUAGUUGGUUAUCAUCCUUUGGAUUUAAAUAAUUAAGAUUUCUUUGU